UUAAUAAAAUUAUUUACACAUAAAGUCGGGUCGACACAAACCAGGAAAUAUAUUCCAUGUGUUACAAGUCUUACAAGAAUGGCGUUCUCACAAUCCAGCAGAAAUGGACAAGUACCUGUUAGUUGUAACUUAUGCGAAACAGAUAGGCAUAUCAAGUGGAAAUGCAUAGAUUGCAAUAUUCUCCUGUGUAAUCACUGUAAAGAACAGGUACAUUCUAAAUUCAAAAAUGCACAAGAGCAUAAAACAUUAGACAUAAAGGAUAUAGGAGUGCACAGAGGGGAGAUUGAUUUCACCAAUAUUAAGUGUAAUCAACAUUCAUCACAAUCUUGCUGCCUUUUUUGUAAGACAUGCGACUGUCUUGUGUGUCCAACCUGUUUUGCUAAAGAUCAUAAGCAACAUGACUUAAUUGAGAUUAGUGAAGGGUACAAUAUGAAAAUACAGAGGCUGAAAGACGGACAAGAUAAAAUUCGAAGUAGUAAUGCUAAAUCAGCUUUUCAAAUAGACCAGCUUCAGAAUCUUGUUAAUGAGGAAAAUCUUAAGCAUUCAAAAGCCAAAACAGAUAUAAUUGACCAUAAACAAGUUUUAAGAGGACUAGUCGACAAAUAUUUCAAUGAACUCAGUAACAAACUGGAUCAGAGUCAUAAAAACGCUCUUUUAGUACUCAAAACUGAUCUUAACGAUGUCUCCUAUUACAAUGCGCAGAUACAAAAUAAAACUACUGAAGUCAAGGAUUUUAUUGAAAUCACGGAUGCUUCUAAAUUCUUCAGAGAAGUCAACAAGAUGCAGCAAUCUCUUGACAUCCCCAUACAACAAAUUAAGUCAAGUUACAUGUCUUCGCCAACGUUUGUUCCAAGGAUAAUAACCCAAUCUAAUUUUGGAUCGUUAGAAGAUGAUGAUCUUUCCAUGGAACCAGUUAUCAACAAAGAAUACCAUUCUGAACUCACAGGAAUAAGACUUAUAAGAUCAUGUCUUGACAAUUCAUAUUGGAUAAUAUCGACUAAUGGAAACAAAUUACAAAAAGUAAAAUCAGAUGGUGCUAAACUUAACAAAAUAUCACAAUAUGAGAGAAAGGUCUAUGGCUUAGCAGUACUUUCAUCUAAUGAUGUCCUCUUGGUGACAGAUGAACCAACACCAAAACAACUGACAUAUACUACUGGUCAAAUUAGAGACACUACAUAUAAUGUUGCCCCUUUAGAUUCAACUGCAAUUCACAUUACCAGUGGUAAUAAAGUAGUUGUAGGAGGUAUCAGUAGCAAACUAGGAAGAAGAGCUGUGUUUUUAAUGAAUGAGCAGGGAAAACAUGAGACUGUAUUUGAACAUGAUCAAGAUAAUCAACCAAUUUUCAAUUACCCAAACAGUAUAACCAGUACACGAAAUGGGAAUAUAUUUGUUGGAGAUUAUUAUCCGGGUAGUAGUAGAAGAGGAAAAGUAGCUGUCUUAGAACAAGGAGGUGAAAUAAUUAAUAAAUAUACUGGCCAUCCUGAUAUAAAUAAAGAUCAAUUAUUCAAGCCAAGAGACAUAGUGGCAACACCUAAAGACAAUGUUGUAGUGAUAGGUAAUGAUAAUCCGUGUUUACACAUUCUAAACAACCAGGGUUACAUACUGACAUACUACAACACUAAUGACAUAGGAAUAUUCUAUCCAUACUGUCUUGCCUUAAAUGAUUCAGGACAACUCUGCAUAGGGUGUACUAGGGCAGAAGGAUGCACUACUAAUGAAGCCAAGUUGUAUGAAUUAAACAUUUUUGGAAUUUGAUAUUUUUUCAAAUGAAAAUAUAUCGAGCCUGUAAAUAUUUAGUACCAGAAAAUUUAAAUACGCACUGAUUGAAUUAUUAUAAAAAUUAUUAAAAUAAAAACUGUC